GUCUGUGAUACUUCAGCAGCAGCGUGUACAGAGAGAGCUCAGUGGACGGGAGUUAUAAAAGUGCUCAGCCUCUACAUGCUUCACACUUGCUUUCAUAGCUGUGCUUAAGGGGUGAAAUGCCAAGCAAUAAACUCAAACAUUGAAAAAGAACAAGUGACUUGACUACAAUGAUACUCAGUCAUACUCACAUCUGUGUAUAAAUAUUUGACAAGGUUAAAUGGGAUCUGUCAAUGAAGCACAGCAGGUGGGCUCAACUGACCCGCCAAAAGAUGGGCAUCCGUUUAUGCCCAGUCCAGAGGCCGACAGACCCUGCUUCACCCGUUCUAUCUGCAGUAACACAAACACAGAGUUUUCAGACUUAGAUCCUCUAGUGCCCAAUGCAGGUUACGGGACAUCAUCAACCUCUGGAUCCCUGAUACAAGAUGAACAAGUGGAGAUUCGUCAGGAGAUGCCAAGCGAAUCGGUCCGGGUGAUGGUGCUACAGAUUUUGUUUCCGUUCCUCCUAGCGGGCUUUGGAACAGUGAUGGCAGGCACGUUACUGGAACUUGUGCAGCAUUGGGACAUUUUUCUAAACGUGAUGGAGAUCUUCAUUCUGGUCCCACCUCUGCUUGGUCUAAAGGGGAACCUGGAGAUGACUCUGGCGUCAAGAUUGUCCACUGCGGUGAAUGUUGGCAGAAUGACAUCUUCAAGUGAGAAGUGGAACCUCAUCGUUGGAAAUCUUGCCCUCAAGCAGCUUCAAGCUACUGUUCUGGGCUUCUUAGCUGCGCUGCUAGCUUCAGGUCUUGGAUGGAUCCUUCAAGAGGAGCUUCUCGUGAAACACGUAGCAUUGCUUUGCUGUUGCAGUGUAGUGACUGCAUUCAUGGCAUCAUUUUUGCAAGGGAUCAUAAUGGUCGGGGUGAUUGUUGGCUCAAAAAAGGUGGGCAUCAACCCAGACAAUAUAGCCACGCCCCUCGCAGCCAGUUUUGGAGACCUUAUCACAUUGGGACUUCUUGCCAUCAUCGGUCAAGGCUUUUAUUACUGCAUGGACCCUUAUCCAUACAUUUCCUACUUGGUGUGUGUCAUAUUCUUGUGUCUGACGCCACUGUGGGUGAUUAUUUCAUUUCGUCACCCUGAGAGUCGCAAGCUGCUGCUUACCGGCUGGGAGCCAAUCAUAACAGCUCUUGUGAUCAGCAGUCUUGGUGGACUGAUUCUGGACAAAACCAUCGCCGAUCCAAACCUUGGGAGUAUUGUGGUUUACACACCUGUAAUAAAUGGUGUUGGUGGUAAUCUGGUUUCCAUCCAGGCUAGUCGAAUAGCUACAUAUCUGCAUUUUCAAUGUACUCUGGGUGAGCCACCAGAAGAUUCAAAAGGAUGUUACUGGCCCAGUCGCAGCUUUUGUGCCAAAGGCCCGAAUGGAAGAUCGGCACAGGUGCUGCUUGCAUUGACCAUCCCAGGUCAUCUGGUUUUUAUCUACACUAUUUACUUAAUAGAAGGGAGUGAGAAUCCGCCCACUCCUGUCUUCAUAUCACUCUAUUUGGUAGCAGCUUUUACACAGGUUUUCUUACUGCUGUGCAUCGCUGAUGUGAUGGUUCACUGCUUGUGGAAGUUCGGCAGGGACCCUGAUAGCUUCUCCAUCCCUUAUCUGACAGCUCUGGGAGAUCUGCUGGGCACUGCCUUUCUGGCACUGUGUUUUUAUAUCAUCAUUGGUGACAUAACUGUUGAUAUGGGUGACAACGGACACUAUCUGUGUUCUGAAAGGGUGGAAUCUAAUUUAUGAAAGCACUUAAUGUACUGGGGACAUUUCUGGCAUUUCUCAGCACAUCUAAUUGAAUAUCUGUGGACAGCUUUAUUUAAAAUACAUGAAGUGAACAAAAAUCCACUUAUCCAGAUGACUUCACAAUAUAUGCUGCCUGUAUCAUGCAUCAAUACAUUAUUUUGUACUUCCAUGUCAUGUGACUGUUUCUAUUAGAAAAAGAAGUGCUGUUGUGUGAUUCCAUUAUUAUGUUAACUGAGCGAAUGUCUCAAAGGUGCUUUGCAUUGACACUUUAUUUACAUAUCACAUUGCAUCUCUGCAAUAAAAAAUCGUGCAGGAUUGAGAACAA